AUGAUCAGAGGACACUCGGCGUUGAUGUGCAGUUCAGGCCAGACGCAAGGUUUCUCAGGAUAUGGAAUAGCGACGAAUGGAUUGAUUCUGUGCAUGCUCGAUAAGGUUGGGCAGAGCUAUUUUCAAGGAUGGCACACCUCGGCUAAGAUGCAGGUUCGGCGACGACCUGAGGUGAAAGCUAAGCUCGCCGUGGCAUGGCUGCUUAGUUUGGGGAAAAGUCUUUUUGCCACUCCAGCAUAUCCACUGCCUCAGUACCCUGCACACUGGGCACUGCCGUCUCAGACGUCGGACGGUAUGGCGACCGGUGAGAGGCGAUCAAAUCUCAGGUUGUUCAGGACGUCAUUGAUUCUGGACCAAGACGACACACGCACGACUUGCCAUGGAGACUGUCUAAGACUGUGUACUUACAACGCGAGAACAGUGUCCACAGACGCUGACCUGCAUGCCCUUCUCGGAGCUGCAGAGCGUAUCAAAUUUCACGUGAUUGCUCUGCAGGAGACCAAGUGUAGAAGGAGCGACGUACGACAGAUGAAUGACGGUACACUCGUCAUUCGUGGAGUUAAGGUUCCGUCGCGAAAUGUAGGCGAUCCUGUCACCUCGUCUGGCCAUUCUUCGUCUCCGCUCUCUGCGCCAAAAUCCUCCAACUGCUACUCACCAACAUCAGCAGCUGAUGGUUCCGAAUCGGAUGCGUUUUACGAGGAGCUGGAGGAAGUAAUCCGCAACGAGAAGUCCUUCUACAAAUUCGUUGUCGGAGACUUCAACGCAAAACUAGAAAAGACCACAGAAGAGGAAUACAGGAUUGGAAGAUUUGGACUAGGGGACCGGAACGAAAAUGGCAAUCGUCUCGCCGGGCUGUUGUCCGCCGCUCGCCUUUUUCAUGGAAACUCUCUUUUCGUGAAAAAAGAUCAUCGUCGGUGGACAUGGGAAUCGCACAAUGGCGCGACUCGUGCGGAGAUCGACCACAUACUCACCAACCGGAGGUGGUGUCUACUUGCCGUCUCAGUAGUACCAACCUUUUGUAGUGGUUCUGAUCACCGUCUCCUUCGUGCGAAAAUACGAGUUAGCCACACGAUGGAAGAGAACAUCUGCUAUCGGCAACGAAGGAAAAAAGAAGUCGUCUACGACGAUUGUGUACUCGAGGACGCACGACAAACUUGGAGCGAAUUUCAAAGACCACCAAGGAAUUGUUGGAAAGAAGGGCUUUGA